AUGGGUAGAUCUAGGUCAUCAGAUAAAAUAUUUGGUGGGAAGGUAAUUGUGUUUGGUGGCGAUUUCAGACAGAUUCUGCCGGUUAUUCCAAGAGGCAGCCGUUCAGAUAUAAUUCAUGCAACUAUCAAUUCAUCAUACAUUUGGGAUCAUUGUAAGUCAAGGGCAAUAUUGGCUGGAACAAUUGAGACAGUAGAUGAAAUAAAUCACUAUGUAUUAGACAAUCUUCCAGGGGACGAAAAGGAAUACUUAAGCUCUGAUUCAGUCGAUACGCAUGAUGGUGAUGGCAAUGAAUGUUUUGAUGUUUUAACUCCCGAGUUUUUGAAUGGAUUGAGAACGUCGGGACUUCCUAAUCAUAAGAUCAGAUUGAAAGUAAAUACUCCAAUCAUGCUUCUCUGGAAUAUUGAUCAAGCAGAAGGCUUAUGCAAUGGAACACGUCUAAUCGUUACAAGAUUGGCUGAUCAUGUUAUUGAAGCCAAAAUAAUUUCAGGCAAGAACAUCGGCUGUAAUAUUUAUAUUACACGCAUGGACAUUACUCAAACGCAAACGCCAUGGCCAUUCAGGAUGACACGAAGACAGUUUCCUAUAACGGUCUAUUAUGCUAUGACUAUUAAUAAAUCUCAAGGUCAGUCGUUAGAUCAUGUUGGCAUAUAUUUGCCGAGGAGCGUGUUCAGCCAUGGGCAGUUGUAUGUUGCAGUUUCAAGAGUAAAGAGCAGAAAAGGCCUUAAAAUCUUGAUCCAUGAUAAGGAGAAACAUCCAUUGACCACCACAACAAAUGUGGUCUUCAAAGAAGUGUUUGAAAAUGUGUAG